AUUCGUAAUGAGUCUAAAGAUUACUCCAUAUGUUGCCAUUGGUUUGCUUUACCAAGUGAACAUAGUCUAAGAUAGCUUUAAGGUUUCUUAUUAGAUGAGCAUGAGAUGUUAAUUUGAUGAAGCAUGACCGUAUCACUUUAAUAAAAAUGGCAUGCCCAACUGAAGCAUAAUUUAGUAGGCUAGAAAAGAAAAAAGAAAAAAAAACUCGCUCAACUAGACUGUUGAUGGGAGGAAAUUUCUUAUAGGAAAAUUGGUUUCCCCAUAUUCUUCCAUUUAGUUUAUGGGGUUGACAACCAUUAGAUUUGGUUGAGUGUUUUUUAUUUUUUCUUCCCUCCGGUGAAAACGAUUUUCCUUUUUCAAGGAAGAAUUGCCACAUUUUUCUGAUUUUUUCCCUAGUUCCUCCCCUCCAUGGCUCCAUUUAGUCUUUUCCCUUUUCUAUGUAUCUUAUGUGGCAAGGAAGCUAAGAAGCAAACAAUAUAAGUUGUAGUUUUGUAACCUAAUUUCAUAGAGUUAUACUUUCCAUAGGAGUAAAAUUUGCUUAAAAUAUUUUCCUCUGUAUUGAACACAGCCCCUUGCUUGGAAAUUUAAUCGUGAUGCCCCUCACCAUAAGGGUGUUAGGUUUUUUUUAUUUAUUUUUUUUAAAGCCAAUGCAACGUGGAAAAUCUGGCAAAUACAAAGUUUUCUUCCUGAUUUGUUCUUUUGUUGUUGUAAUAUUUUGAAUCUAAUUUUCUUCUUAAAAUGCUGGUGUGCAUCAGUAAUCUGGAACAAAAUCUGGCUUCCUCCUUGAAACAAAUUACUUCAGGUUAGCAAUAACUUUGCUUAUUGAUAUUCUAUGGAUGCUGGGGGGCAGCAAGGAGGUGCAAGGCAUAGGUGUGAUAAUUUCAGGGAUCAUUCUCCGGUAAGCAACCAUAACUAGAUCUCUCUUGCUCUUAAAAGUUUCCAGUCUCCCCUCCUUAAAAUAGAGUUUGGACGAAUACAAGUUUUGAAUAGUAAUGCUGUUGUUACACUCAUCUCUUUUUUAUUACAGUGGAAUAUGAUUGCAUACCAGCAUCAGAUUAAGGAGCAGAAUGCUUUGAAUAUGAACAGGAACCUUUUGAACAUCAUGGCUGAGAGAGAUGCUGCAGUUGAGGAAAUGAAAAUAGCUUUGCUUGAAAAGAAAAAGGCCUUGGAAGAGCGAGAAUUAGCAGUCUCACAGAGAAACUUGGCAAUCAAAGAACGUGAUGAAGCUAUUACAGAAAGAAACAAUGCCUACCAUACCCUUCAAAACUCUAUGAGGGAACCCUUGAGUCCUGGAGUUCAAUGUGGAACCAGUAGGUUGGCUGAUCUCCCUUUCGUCACACAACAAAUGCAAAUACUUGAUGCUUUGUGUAGAACUGCAGUUCCAUCUGAAUGUAACAAGCUGCCUCAGACAAAGAAGGUGAAGGAGAGCAAGAGAUGUGCAAGGAAGCCGAGGGAGAAACAGAUUUCUGGUCACUUGAAGGUGAAGAAUGACUGGGAUGGUCAAAAUGUGGGCUUGAAUCGAGUUGAUUAUGAUGACACCAUUAUGCCAGCCCCUGGUUGCUCAUGUACGGGGGUAUUUCGGCAGUGUUACAAGUGGGGGAACGGGGGUUGGCAGUCAUCUUGCUGUACCACCACCAUGUCAGCUUAUCCUCUCCCACCUGUCCCUAACAAGAAAUUUGCUCGUUUGGGUGGUCGGAAAAUGAGCGGUAGUGCCUUCUCAAAGUUGCUAAGUGGGCUAGCAUCGGAGGGUUUUGAUUUCUCUAAUCCUGUGGAUUUAAAGGAUCGCUGGUCUAAACAUGGCACCAAUCGCUACAUAUCAAUCAAAUAGAGAUGACUAAUGACAUAGGUACUAAUAUAAUAUUAAUUUUAACUAGUAGGAUUCAUAUUCCUCCCAAAUCCAUAUGAGGUUUAUUUUGCUUUUAAUGCUUCAUCCUAACUUUUGAGUACAUUGAGUGUACUCCAUCAAGAAGUGUACAUAUCAGUGCAGUGAUCCUUUUUGCGUAAAACUGGAUGAAUGAUGAUAUAAACCGACUACU